CUAACCCUCACACCUUCGACGCUAAAGACUCAAGACUGUGCUCACAUUGCAUCGCUCACAACGGAAUCGUCGCACAUAAUGCCGCCAUUGGUGGACAAGUUGACAGUUGGCUCUCGCGUGACAAUCGCUGCAGAUGCCGAGCUGCGAGGAACCAUCUCGAUCGGAUCGGGAUCGGUGGUGCAUCCACGCUGUACCGUGCUAGCUCUCUCCGGAGCCAUCGUCAUGGGCUCCAACAUCAUCAUCGAAGAGACGUGCGUCAUCGUGAACCGGUCAGGCCGAACGAUGAAGAUAGGCGACGAGAACUUGUUCGAAGUGGGCUGCAGGAUCGAAGCGAUCAGUGUGGGCAACAAUUGCGUCUUUGAGCACAGGUGCAAGGUCGGUCCAGGCGUAAUCGUGGACAGCUUUGUCACCGUCGGAGCUGCCUGCGCGAUAACGGGCUAUCCGACCGUGGGUGAAUCCAACGCCAAAGAAGCCGCCGACAUUCUCAACGAGACUGCCGAAUUGGAUGGUUUUGGUGCAGUCGCGGAAGCAGACUACACAAACUUUUCGCAGGCAGCCGCACCCAAGCCGGACGAGGUUGUUCAAAAGAUUCCCCCGAACACGAUAGUGUUUGGCGCAGGGGGCGACUGCAGAAUGAGACUCUGGAGCGGAAACGGCAUCAGACAGCGAGAAGCUCUACACGCAAAGCACCUGGAAUACCUUAGAGAGACCUUCUCCAAGGCGCACAAGCUCAAGGUCAUCGAUUGAGGGCAAUGUGCGACACCAAGCGUAUCUGCCCAUGACGCGGCGCCUCCAAAAAGUGUCUGAUCAUCUACACCAAAUUUGCAACGAAAACACACUAGGCAGCCUUGGACCGAGCAGGUUGGAGAUCUCCGAACACCAGACCUUCCUUCCGGGAAC